UAUCUACGAUUUGGAUCCCUUUUCCCGCUCUUAAUGUCAUGCAAGCAACCGUGUCGGAGGAAAAAUGUCAUGGAUUAAAAGACAUCCCCAUUCGAUUUCAAGUGACAUUUUUUCCAUGGUUUUUCACCUCCAUCCACCCUCCGUCAAUGGUCUUAUCAAGGUCUAUAAUAACUUACAAGACCUUAGCAGUUUAUUAGCCGCCCAUCAGCAGCUGUUACAUAUGACAAGGUGUAUAAUUAAUAAAUUUAAACUUUAAACUGUUAACGUUCGUCUCGGUGCUGUUAAGACUUAAGUAAUAUUAAUUAUAUUAUAAUCGGCGUUCACUAAAAACAGCAAUAAAUUAUUGUAAAAUUUUCGUUUUAUAGCCACCAAUAUAGAAACGUGAAAUAGUGAUCAAAAUGUUUGUUGACGAUAUAGUCAAAGGCUUCUACGAUAUAAUAUCAAAGAAUAAAAUAUUAAUUCUGGUAAACUAUGAUGUGGAUGCCAUUUGUGCUGUGAAAAUACUCCAAUGUAUUUUACGCUUCGAUAACAUUAUUUAUAUACUUGUACCUGUCAAAACGCUUACGGAAUUGAAAAGAGAGUAUGAUGAACAAAAAGCUGAUGUUAAACAUGUAAUCCUAAUUAAUUGUGGAGGUACGUCAGAUAUUGUUGAAAUAUUACAACCAGAAGAUAAUGUGAUUUUUUUCAUUGUCGAUAGUCAUAGACCUACAGAUGUUUGUAACAUUUACAGUAGUUCACAGAUUAGGAUUUUAGCACCACCUGAAGAUGAUGAAAAAAUUCCAGAAUUUGAAUAUAUAUUUAAUGAAGAUGAGUCAUCGGAGGAAGAAACUUUUUCUGACUAUCCAAAAGAUGAUGAUGAUGAUGAUGACGAUGCCAGUAUUGAAGAACAACAAAAUAAAAGAAGAAAACUGGAUCAAAGUGUAUUAUUAAGACGUAAAGAAAUUAGGAAAUGGGAAGAAAAUAGAAAGAAGCUUUUAUUUGAUUAUUCACAGUUCUCAUAUUACGGACGUUCGAGUGCAAUGUUAAUGUUUGACCUUGCUUGGAAGUUGCAUAGAGAAUCUAUUGACUUGUUAUGGUGGGGUAUAGUUGGUGUGACCGAACAAUAUAUUUUAGGUAAAACAGAACGUAUGCGUUACUUGAAAGAAGUAGAAGUGAUUGGUGGCCAUAUUGGUCGUAUUUGCGAGUCUACUCUGAAUCAUGAAAAUAAGGAAAAUAUAUCAAAAUCAUCAGUAACCAAACCAAUUAAUUUUUCUGCCCAGUUACGAAUUGAAUCCGAUAAAGAUUUGUUAUUGGCAUUAUACAGACAUUGGACUAUUGAAUCUAGUCUUCGAUAUUCCAUGUUUACAGCAGUUUCAUUAAAACUAUGGACUAUCAAAGGUGAAAAGAGACUACAGCAAAUAUUAGCAGAAAUGGGAUUACCGUUGUCUGAAAGCCGACAAAUGUUUUACUCCAUGGAUUUGAGUUUACGGAAACAGUUUUAUGGUAUGAUGGAAAAAAUAUCCAAUGCUCAUAAUUUAUUACAAAUGACAUAUCCUUCUUUCAUGUUAUUACAAGGGUUUAAAACAAAAUAUCAGUGUGCUGAUUAUGUUUACUCAAUGGUUGCUACUUUAGAAACCAAUACAUGUGAGAUAUCAACAAUUAAAUGUUUCUAUAAUACCUUGGAUUCAUUAUCAAGGUCUAAAAAGGACUUAUUGGAUCAAGGAAUAGAAAAGGCAAAGUGGAUACUCACUAAUAUGUUCCGACACGUACAAGCUGCAUUAGAUAUGAAACAAAUAGUUUCAGCAGGACCCUUUUACUAUUUUAUUGUGCAAGAGGGUACGUUACAUUCUCAGCAUUACUCAAAUCCACAUUGCUUAACGAUGUUGGCUACGUUUGCGCUAAGAGCUCAGGUUGCAUCAGUUCGUAAAGCCAAAGCUACACGUUUACCACUAAUUGCGUCGGCAACGCUUAAUUCUAGCGAAGAAACUUGUUUGGUGGCUGGUAUUCCUCCUAUUACAGAAACAAUGCCUAAAAGUUUUUUUGGAAAGGCAUUUGAACAAGCAGCUAAUAAAACAAAUAUAGAAUUAACGUUGGAUUAUUUUGACUCGUCCAUUGCUAAAUUAAAAAUCAGAGAUCGACCACGAUUUUUUGAUGCAUUAAGUGCAUUGCUUAGUUAACAAUAUUAAUGAUUAUUACAAUUUGUAUUAAUAUGAAUGUUAUGUAUGUUGUAAUGAUAUUUAAUUUUAAACAGUUAUGUUCCUUUAAAACUAUAGAAUAUUUGGAAUGAUAAUGAAUAUUUAAUACAUAAUAAUUGAUUGCCAUUAUAGUUUUAACUUAGGUAAAUAUUUUUAUAUUAUUUGAUUUUGUGUUAAUGUGUGUCAUAAUUUUAUUUUUUAGAUGUUUUUUACAUUUCUCAUGUCUACUCUGUAUAUUAUGUAUGUUAUACAGUAGUCGGUACCUACACAUUUAUAAUUAUUAUGGUGAGUGUGAUACAAAUUUUAUAUUAGCAUCGCUGUAAGGCAGAAUUAAAUUUUAAAUUGUCAAAUCAUUAACCUAAUAACGCCUCUGUCUCGUGUUCAAUUUAAGUAUCCACUCUUUUAAUUCUUCCCAAAAACGAGAACCACAAGCAUUCAAUUUUAUACUUAUAUUUUGUUAGUAUUUAAUUGUUUUUAUACAUACAUGAUUUUGUUUACGCUUAUGCCCGUCAAUUAUUAAUUAAAAAAUACCAGAUUUUCUAAAAAGCAUUAAAAUUAUUGUAUAAAAAAAUGUAUUAUGUGAUAAUUAUGUUAUGAGU